UCUCGCGACACGCGGGCACGAGACCGCGACGCUGACCAUUGUGGUCCUCGUCUUUGUCGUCGAACUCCUACUGACAGGCCACCAGCACAGUCGUUGAUAAGUUACUGGAUUGUCGUCCUGCUUCGGAACUCUGUCUACAUACAGUCGCUCUUCAGUGCGGGGCGGAAGAUCCAGCCACUCCCCAGAAUACAAUCCAGUGUACCGCACCUGUGCCGCGUGCAUCUCUGAGUGGCACAAUCGACUCUGCGUAUAUAUUGCGACACCUUCUCUCAAAGCCACUACUUAACCGCGUCUCAUCAUUCCGCACACAUCCUCCAGGAUCCACUUGUCCUUUUCGUCUGCAUCAUCGUUCGCUGUCAGCCUCUGGUCGAUUCAUCAUGCUCACCAACAUCGAGCUCGCCAUCUCCUCAGUCUUGCGUAAGCGCGAAGAGGUCACCGUGCCGAGCGUUCUCGUCGACUACCUCAGAAUCAUCGGCUACAUAGCACCGGGGCAGAAAGAGGUCAUCGUCCCCCACGAGGCAGUUGCCGCUUUCGAACACGCACUGGACAAAGAACCCGUCCUACGAGCGCGUCGUGCCACUCCCGACGCCAGCCUUCGUACACACAUGUACACGAAGGAGAUCACGAAGCUCAGGAAGGAAUACUGGAAGCAGAAGCUGAGCGCGUCGUAUCCCGUGCGCUGUACAUGCCCGACGUGCGGGCACACGGUCCCCUACGAGAGGCAGCCGGAGGUCGACGAGCACAACGAUGACGUGCUCGCGGAGAAGCGCAAGCUACGGCGUCUGAAGGGCGGAGGAAAGAAAGUGAAAUCCCGUCGCGUCGUCAAACGCCCGCGGGACUCCACCUGUGCGGUCGCACCCAUCGAUCCAUAUGGACCCUCCACAAGUGCUUUCGUCAUGUAACAACGUAUUUCUCCCAUGACUCGUGUAUCCUCUGAAACGGGCUCUUGGUUAUCGCGUCUCUGUAUUUAUAGGGGUGUCUUCUCAUCAUCGAUAUGUACCGUCCCUCAACCACAGGAUCGAGGCUAUACUGUACCUCUGUAUAAUAAUGACAGUGUUU